GUACCAAAAACAUUCAAUAAACAAGUCACACAUGUCGUCUUCAAGAAUGGUCAUCCAGCCACAUGGAGGAAUGCCAAGAAAAGUGGUGCCAGGCUUGUUUCCGUUCUCUGGGUCAGCAGGUGUUACGAGGAUGGCGUGCGUGUGGAUGAGGAGUUGUAUCCGGCCUUAAAUGAUGAAAGCAACCCUGUGUUAAAGAACAGAAGACAUCGUAAUAUGCAGCCGAAGGAUUCUCCAGAGAGGACACCUGAAAACGACAGACGCAUGAAGAAAAAACUAGACAAGAUGAUGAAAGACCUUCACCCUAAACAAGCUCUGGUCACAGAAGUGUCUCCCAUCAUUAUUGACGAGGAGAACGGAAUAGUUUAUAGCCCUGCAUUGAAACGAUCGGAUUAUAUGGCUCAGCGUUUGAAGGACAUGAAGGAGAAGCGAGAGAACCUCUCACCCACAGCUUCACAGCUGGUUGAAGCCCGCUCACCCACUGGACUGAAGCCUUCCCUCGGGAGCACACCAACCGUCUUCAAAUUAAAGUAUGACCAGUCGGAUGAUGAUUCGAGUGCUUCUGCUGCUGAACCAGGUUACUCACCUGACAAGGAAGAGGGGAGAACAAAAGUUGUUCCGACCAACCAUAACCGUCAUGAUCUCCGCCGCAGGAAAAGCUCUGAGAAGCCUUGGCUGUCACCCUGCCGCGAUGUACCACAGCGGAUUCCAAGUCCAUUGAAAUGCCCCGAAUUCAAAGACAACGAGGACGAUGUAGGGAGUACACCAAAAAAAACAAGACGGACCUCAGUGAGAAAAAAGCUAGCAGAGACACGUACAUCUGUAGGUUUGAUGGAAAGCUCUCGUCAGGAUAAGAAAUCGGACAUUUACAAGAACAUUCAUGAGGAAAAAAGGGAAUCUCUGACAAAAACUCCAAGCCCAUCUCCUAAUAAAUCUGAAAAGGGAAAGGGAAAAUCGAAAGCAGUGAAAUCCCUUAAAGUGACUAGGACCUGUUCUGUUUCUGAUGCUGUGAACUCUCUUAGUUGUCUCUCAUCUCCAGCUGAUAAUGCAAAGUCUAAAGAACCUUCUCCUCCAGUACAGAAAGUUCCCAAACGACCCAGACACUCGUUUUCUGCUCUGGUACGAUCGUCCACAGCGUCCAGUGACUCUAAAAGUGUCGCCUCUUGUUCCACUGAAGGUGAUGAUCAUGUGUUUGAGGACUGUUUCUCCCCUAACCGUCGGAGAGCAAAAACGUCGGUUUUGUUUAAUCUGCCUGCAAUGAAAGACCCCUUCGUUCACAUUCCUUUUGAUCUGGAUUCUGUACCACACAAGAGAAAACAAAGACGAAGUGAAACCAUGGGAUCUGAGGAUAACAGUAAAAAGAAGAGAAAACUGGAAGAGGGUCGGAGUGGCAGAAAUCGCAGACAGCCAUCCGAUGCCAGCAGUGAGCCUCUGAUUCAUCCACAACAGGAUGUUGAAGACUCUCUGCCUGCUUUGGGUAGUUCAGUAGCUAAUGUGCGACCUGUAGACAGAAGACAAAGCACUUUACCAUUUACAAGCAGCUGUACAACCACAAGUGCUGCGGUAAAAAAGAGAAGAGCUUCUAUAUCAGUGCAACCGACAAGUCAAACAGAAUCUAACGCAGAGUCCAAUCCACAGAAACACUCUGCUGCCAGAGCCCCCUCAUGUAGCUCGGAAAGUCGAGGAAAUGAAUGUGGCGUUGGAGCUGCUUUGACGGAGAUCCUCUCUGAAGGAGAAGAGAAUCCCUCAAAGCAAAUCGGCUCGAGUGUUCAGAAAAUGGUCAACAGAACAACGGCUAUGAGGACAAUGGUCAUGACGAGCUUGCCCACUGACAAGCAGCAAAUGGUGAGUCAGGUGGUGAAAUCUCUGGGUGGUUUCUCAAUCGUCGACCGGGUAUGUGAGAGCACGACUCAUGUGGUGUCUGGGGGUGACCGGCGGACUCUCAAUAUCCUGCUGGGGAUAGCUCGUGGCUGCUGGAUCCUCUCAUUUGAAUGGAUACUUUGGUGUUUGGAGCAACGGCAGUGGAUUCCAGAGGAACCGUAUGAACUUUCAGACCAAUUCCCCGCAGCACAGAUCUGUCGUCUCCAGAGGCACCUGUCUGCCGGGGAGCAUCAGCAAGACCUGUUCCAUGAACAGCCAGCCAUGUUCGUGUCCCAGCACUCCCAGCCGCCCACUCAGAGUCUGGUCGAGCUGAUCCAGCUCUGUGGAGGAAGAGUCUGCAAAACUGUGCGGCAGGCGGGAAUCUGCAUCGGAAAGUACAGCGGCCGGAUACCAGAGGGGUGCCGGAUCCUGUCGGAGCAGUGGGUGCUGGACAGUAUCACACUUUUGAAGCGGCUGUCGUACGACAACUACGACCUGGAAUAAGACCUGAAUCUUUUCUUGUGAAGUUUAAUUGGUUUAUUCUGGACGGAGAGGGGUCACAUAACCUGUUUCUACCUGACAGUGUUUCACAUGUGUAGGUUUCUCAUCAUGCUUAGCAAAAGUGUUCAGGGGAUUUACAUAAAUCCUCCCCUUUCUAAGACUUUAUUGCCUGGUUACCAUGGAAAAUUCAGCAACAGCUGAAUGAGUUCCUGUGAAUAUGGAAAACUGCUUUUACAUAGUGUUAUAUUUUAUCCACUGCAGCAUAAUAGUUUUUUUUUAUGGUGGUGCGAUCAAUUGUGGUUUUUAACAAUGUGUUUUUAAAAAUACUCUGAGCCAGUUUAAGGCUCUGAUGGAAAAAACACACUGUGCACUUAUACAUAUGUUCUGUGAAGUCAUUGUUAAUAAAUACUUUUUUAACGUGCUGAUUUAA